UUCAAUUCUCUCGUGCCGUCGUGCGUGUGUGUAUAUAUAUACAACCUACCUGUAAGUACACAUCAAUGUAAAUCCAUAUAUGCUAAAACACGAAGUUUGCUCAUUUGGUUCAUUGACUUCUCCAUUAUAUAUAUAUCUUUUCUUCAACUUUCAUAAUUCUCUCCCUCUAGCUAGCUAGAGAUUAUUGUUCCCAGAUAUAUCGCAUGCACCGUAGUGAAUCGUUUAUAGUUUGAUCCGAUCGACACUUGAAUUGUUACCGGCCAUUUUGCAAAAAACAACAACAAAAAUCCAAACAGUUACAUAUAUAUUUAUUAUGGAAGAUUUGGGUUGGGAAAGAAACAUAAUUUCCUUCCCAUCUACUAACAUCCAUCAACAAGAUUUCGACGAGAGCUUCAUUUUUGGUUCCGAAAAUAUCUUCCUGAACCCGAUCCAGCAAGGCCCAAGAAAACCCGAUCCUUCUAGCCCGUUAAUAACAACCUCGACUUUUGGUGCAACUAGCAGUCCAUAUUGGUCUCAAAUGUUGUCUACACCUACUAACAACUUCCAACAAGGCAAAAAUGUAAUUAUUCCAAACUCUACCUCUUUGGAAUCAUUAGAUUGCUUACUAAAUAGCAGCACCAAAACGACACCGCCGGAUGAUCAUGACAAUGGCAUUUCCGUAAUUUUCCCUGAUUACAAAAAUAUAUGUAACAAUAUCAUUAGCAACGGAGUUUCAUCAUCUGGCGAUUCAGUCACUAAAGACACAGAAGACGGCAGCAUUGUAAUUCCUCAAUCAGAAAAAAGACCCAAGAGACCCAGAUCGGAUCCGGGUCGACCCGCUUCAUCCAACAUAAAUUUCACUUCGGAAUCCAGCGAGCCGGAUUCCGAAGUGAUAGCCCAGAUGAAGGAAAUGAUAUACAGAGCUGCAGCUUUCCGGCCGGUGAGCUUUUCCGACGAAGAAGUGUCGGAGAAGCGACGGAGAAAGAACGUAAAGAUAUCGAACGACCCCCAAACAGUCGCGGCAAGACAGCGGAGAGAAAAGAUUAGCGAAAAAAUCCGGGUUUUGCAAAAACUGGUACCGGGUGGAAAUAAAAUGGAUACAGCUUCUAUGCUUGAUGAAGCUGCUAAUUAUUUGAAGUUUUUGAGAUCACAAGUGAAAGCAUUGGAACAGUUUGGGCAAAAGAUUGAUUAUGAGAAAUGUGGUACAACUGCUUCUGCACAAAGUACAAGUCAAUCUAUUCAUCAAGAUAUUAACAACCAUCACCCUAAUUACGCUAAUUAUUAUAAUGUUACAUUAGGUGUACCAUUUUCCAUGCACACACAUUUUUUACUGCCGCAUCAAAAUAUUUUACCCUAAUAUUGUACCAUUACUUAAUAUCAUGAAGAGUUGUACUUUGUGGAUUAGAAAAUGUACUGUACUAAUUAAAGUAUAGCAGGCAAAAGUUGGAUAUGAUGCGAACCUUUCCCAAUAAAGAUUCAAGAAAGGUAUAGCUAAGUCCAAGAAUUGUCAUGAUGUGUUUAUGAUCACUUGAUCUAGCUUCAUCAUGAAUCAAUGAUAUGUUGAAGAUUAAACACGUACAUGAUAAUUAGUGUAAUUUUAUUUGUUUCAUUUUUGAGAUUAAUUAGUGGGACGUGAAUGUGAUCAUAUAUAUAUAUAUAAUUUGUUAUUUUUCUGUGUUUUGAUCUCCA